ACACACACACACACGCAUACACAAACUGAUAAAAUUCCCUUCGUAUUUUUUUUUUAUAAUAUGUUUAAAUUACUCACCUGUUCAACAAAUUAUAUAAAAGCACAACUUUUCUACAUAUCGAACGCACGCACACACACGUUGACGUAUCGCUGUGCUGACGCAGACCCGUUCAGGCACAUACGUAGUUCAUAUACAAAACACACAUACACACACACGCAGACGCACACACGCACACACGCACACACGUACACACGCUGUCGCCGCCACCGCGACGUAGCGCACAUGCUCACACGUGCGAAAUAAACCACACACGGGGCAACGACUGCUCAGACUCACAUCUACUACAGUCGCCUAUCCUUGCUUACACACAGACACAGAGAUAAACAAUCGGACACACACACACACACACAUAUUCACGUACACUCACACACAUUCUCUCACUGACAAAUCCACAAUUGAUGCCGGCAUAAAAUGGAAGAAUUCCAAGAUUGGUUAAGUUCUCGAAGAGGUGGGACCGAGAAGUCGGUUUGCGUCGGCUACUUGCAGUGUUGUGAAGUCUAAAGCAAUAGCUAAGUGUUACGUGAUGAAGUUUGGCAUAUCACUACAAUAGCAAACGGUGCCAUGAGAUCAGUGUAACAGUAAGAGUGGGACUGGCACCAACUUUUUCAACUGUAUGCGUGUGUAUGUGUGCGUGUAGUGUGCGUGUGUGUGUGUGUGAGUGUGUGUAUGUAUGAGUGCUUACCAGUCUGUUCCUGUUCGGUCGAUCGGUCACAAUACAUAUUUCUCAACACAACAUUUCUUGUUUAUUUAAUUCUGUUUUAUAAAUUCUAUGUCAUUUGUGAUUAUUCAUAUUUAAAAAAAAAAAAACAGAAAAAACAACAGCCUAACAAUUUUUCUUCCUUUUCAACAUAAAUUAUAACAGCCGAAAUAUAACACAAAAUUAUAAAAAGAAAAAAUCAAAACAAACAAAAAAGAUUAAAAACACAAAACACAUAAACAAAUUUAAACAAAAAAACACAAAUAUAUUUUUUUCCAUUUUUUUUUUCAUUUCGAAGUGAUGUUGUUAAAUGCAACAGUGAAUAUAUCUGUCUUUUUUGACAGUGACCCGAAUGUCGAGGAUUAUUAUUACUAUUCAAACUUUCUGGAUUCCAAUGAUACAACUGAGAACAUCGUUUUAAACACCAACAACAACAUCAACAGCAACACUAACAACAACAAUAUCAACUCUCCAGAGGAAUCUAAUCAUUCUAACACGACCAAAACAAUUAUUAUUGGACUUUUAUUAUCAAUUAUGAUUCUAGUUUCGGUUGUUGGAAAUAGUUUGGUAUGUGUUGCCGUGUUCAAAGUGAAACAGAUGCGGAAAAUCGGAAAUUUUUACCUCGUAUCUCUUGCCAUAGCGGACCUUUUGGUGUCUUUGUUGGUGAUGACAUUUGCUCUGGCCAACGAUAUCAUGGGAGAAUGGGUGUUCGGGCGGCCUUUCUGCAACGUUUGGAUAUCCCUAGAUGUGAUGUGUUCGACAGCUUCCAUAUUGAAUCUUUGUGCAAUCAGUUUGGACAGAUACAUCCACAUACGUGACCCUUUACAUUAUGAAAACUGGAUGACAAAGAAACGGACAGCAAUCAUCAUAAGCGUAGUAUGGGUUUGUUCGUUUCUCAUCUCUUUCUUACCAAUCCAUCUCGGUUGGCACAGCCCAGAUGCCGCUUCGACUCAACGGACAGGCUGUGACCUCGACAUUAACCCCAUCUAUGCUGUGAUUUCCUCCACCAUCAGUUUUAUCAUCCCCUGUAUAGUCAUGUUGUCAAUCUAUUGUAAAUUAUACAGUACGGCUCAACAACACGUCAGGAACAUACGACGAACGUACGCCUGCGAGAGGUACGACGGGUCCUUAUCCGACCACAAAGCCGCGAUUACGUUAGGGAUCAUAAUGGGCGUCUUUCUAUUGUGUUGGACCCCAUUUUUCGUAGUGAACCUAACUUCUGCAGCAUGCAAGACUUGUAUCCCUCCAUUGGCCUUUAAGAUUCUUACCUGGCUCGGCUACGCCAAUUCUUCCCUAAAUCCUAUCAUUUAUAGCAUAUUCAACACGGACUUUCGGGAAGCUUUCCGUCGAGUGAUUUUACCUAAUUCUUAUACAGCCAACGACGAUGGUUACACGUACGCACCAAACAACAAAGAAGUGACGGUCUCCACAAAUUCUACGUCGAAAACAAUCACACAGAAUGGUAGUCGAAAGGACAGCAAAACCCGCCUUAUUUCAGAGCAGAGCCCUCUGGUGAAAAGUGCAGAAAACAAGACAGUUGCGUUGGUACCAAGCAAACCUAGUCAGAGUAAAAAGUAGCGGACUUGUUGGUUGUCUUCAGAACUCUUCAAUUAUAAGGGACCAAUGCAAAUCCCUUGCUCGACUGCCACUGCUACCACCACUAUCACCACCACUACUACUACUACUACUACUACUACUACUACUACUACUACUACUACUACUGCUACUACUGAUGCUGCUGCUGGUGCCGGUGCUGGUGCUGCCAUAUCUUUUAAAAUGUCUACUACUACAAUUACUACAAGAAUUACAACUUCUCUUGCUCAUGACUACAAAAUAUCAUGACUACAAAAACCCGGUCUCAUUAAUUAAGAUUGUAAUUACUAUUAUAAUUAUCAUUUUCAAGGUUGAAGUCGCGGUGGGGUGAACAAAUUAUAUACUAGUUAUGUAAUGGGGUUAUUUACAUCAAUUACUUCUUUUCUUCUCAAAAGCAAAAGAAGGACAUAACGACGACGGGUUUGGAUUUCUGCCUAAAGAAAAAAUAAGAAGAAUAAUAAUCGUCCUUAUUAUUACAGCCAAAGUGCUUAGCUGGCAAGAUCUUUAGAAUGUCGUAUGAAUGUCUUUACGCUCUUUGUUCCGAGUGUUAACGCUUUGAGUUCAGUUCUCAAUCACGAAAUGUCAUUUUAGCUUCCUAUUCUUUGAGAGCCGAUGAAAUAAAGUAACUGCAAAGUACUGAUCUCAAGGAUAUUGACUAAUCGCCUCCACAGAAAACUAUGCUUUGAGAGCCGAUGAAAUAAAGUAACUGCAAAGUACUAAUCUCAAGGAUAUUGACUAAUCGCCUCCACAGAAAACUAUGCUUUGAGAGCCGAUGAAAUAAAGUAACUGCAAAGUACUAAUCUCAAGGAUAUUGACUAAUCGCCUCCACAGAAAACUAUGCUUUGAGAGCCGAUGAAAUAAAGUAAAUGCAAAGUACUAAUCUCAAGGAUAUUGACUAAUCGCCUCCACAGAAAACUAUGCUUUGAGAGCCGAUGAAAUAAAGUAACUGCAAAGUACUAAUCUCAAGGAUAUUGACUAAUCGCCUCCACAGAAAACUAUGCUUUGAGAGCCGAUGAAAUAAAGUAACUGCAAAGUACUGAUCUCAAGGAUAUUGACUAAUCGCCUCCACAG